UCACCUACAAGAGGCUCUAAACUGGUUUAUUCAAUUGACCCAAUAAUUGGUUUUCUGUUCUUGUGAUGGGAAAUGUUUGCUGGCUUUAAGCUCAGUUUCUUAUUGUUACGGUCACUGCCUCUUGUUUUUUAUUGGUGGCUUUCUUGUUCUUACAGUCACCGACUGUUGUUUGUUCUUGUUCGUGUGAUUGGAAAUUUGUUUUUCAUGGUUGUAUUGAACUGAUUGUGAACUCUAAAUGGUGUUAUGUAAGCUUGUGAAAAUAAGAAUGAAAAACGGAGACAAUGCUGUCAAAGGGGAAUUCUAUCUGUUACCAAACGCGGGUCAUGGAUAUGUUUUAGACAAUGCUUCUAAAUGGUGCUAUGUGGGUUAAGUUAGCUUGUCAAAAACAAAACAUCUUCUCUAGAAGGGUUAUAUCAAUCGUUGUCAAGAGAGUGAGAUUCUAAGCUAAAGAUUACAGGAGAGAAUGCUGUGAGAGGGGAAUAAUUUAUGCAACAGACUUUAGGGAGUAAACAUGAAAAAACUCAUAUUCUGGUUUUCAAAAUUUUAGCUCCUUAACAAAAGAAGCGUUAAAGAAGCAGCAGAUGUGACUAUAAAACCUCUCUUCUCUUUUGUGCACAUCUCUCUCACAUAGGAAGUGGCUGAAAAAUAGGAGCCAUUAUCAAAAUUUACCAUAAUCAGAACCAUUCUAGUAUUAAUAAUUGGCUGAAGAUGUUUCAUGCCAGAUUUAGGGACGAUUAAAGAUUUUGGUAAAUCCAGUACCCAAUGGCCAAUGAUGGCUAGCUGUUGUAGUUGUGGGUACACCAUUUUCUUUUCUCUUUCUUAUUGAUUAGAUAUUUAGAAGAUGAAGAACCCUUCUUCCUCCUCCAUGGACUGAUUGAGAUUAAAUUUGGCUGAAUAUGGUGUAUAAUUUUAAGAUAGUUCUGUUUUCAUGCUUUUGUUUUCUAUCCAAGUAGUCUCUUCACUUAAAUUCAUCAAAAUUAUUUUAAUAAAUAACAAAUUUACCUGGUCAAGACACUUGAGUUGAAUAAUUGGUACAAUAGCUUUUUAUGAUGUUAAAAAGAACUUCCAAAACUGGAGAAAUGCCCAUCGAUAGGUUAAGAAUAUACGAUUCGCAAAAAUUGAAUUUUAUUAUGUGCAGUGCAAAGAAUUUAAACAUAUAAAUUAGCAAACCCCAUAGCAAAGGUUGGUGAUCAAGAAGUUCCAUGGCUUAGGUUGGUGACCUCCAUUGAACUUUGGAGUGGUGCUUGCCUAAGGUCUGUCUAUUGUGGCAGAUCAUAUGUCAUAAAUAAUUUGUGGCAGUGGGGGAAUGGACUUGUGCGACCCCUUCCCAUUACUAGAUUAAUUUUUAAAUAAACUCUGUUUUAUGUUUUGAUAUUUAUGUUUUUGAUUUGUCAUUCUACUUAAGUAUUGUUGUUUGUAUUUAGAACUAAUAUCUUCUUCUUUGAAUAAUGCUACUUUGUCAUCGACAGGACAAUUCAUACAAAUUUCUUAUUGACCUAUCAAAUAUUAGAAAAAUCCCAUAGUUGGACUUUUUCGUGCACGAGUAAUUUCGAUGCUUAGACUCCGACUGAGCCCAUUUCACAUACCCUUUGCUUUCUCUUCCACAUUCAGUUCACUUCCAGAUCCUCACUACCUUAACAAUUGUCUUCACUUUUUUUUUUCAAAACAAAAUCUAACGUUCCAAUCUCUUCUUCAAUUUCAUUCCACCAUUAUCACCACUGGAAACUCGAACAAUGUCUUCUUUGCCACAAAGCUCAUGGCCUUUUAUGCCUCUCAUAGGCAACCUGUGUUCUCCACACAAUUGUUUCGCUUGAUUCAUUCUAAGGACAAAUUUCUUUGGAAUUCCAUCAUCCAAUCCCACUUCUCCAAUGGUGAUUACCAACGGGCAUUUGAUUUCUACCUCCAGAUGCGAGCCUCGAGUAGCCUGCCAAACCAGUUUACAGUUCCCAUGGUAGUUUCCACUUGCGCAGAAUUGAUGAUGCUCAACCAUGGCAUGAACAUUCAUGGGUUGGCUUUAAAACUUGGGCUCUUUGUUGAUAAUUCUGCUAUAGGUUCUUCUUUCAUAUAUAUGUAUUCCAAAUGUGGUCACGUAGAAAGUGCAUCUCUCAUGUUCAAUGAAAUUACUGUUAAAGAUGUGGUUGCUUGGACUGCCCUUAUAGUUGGGUAUGUUCAAAAUAACGAGAGUGAUAGAGGUUUGAAAUGUUUGUUUGAGAUGCAUAGGAUUGGAGGGACACCAAAUCACAAAACAAUAGGAAGUGGGUUUCAAGCUUGUGUUGAUUUGGAUGCUUUAUUAGAGGGUAAAUGCUUACAUGGUUUGGCUUUAAAAGGUGGAUUUCUCUGUUUUGAAGUUAUUAAAUCUACUAUUCUCUCUCUGUAUUCAAGGUGUGGGUCACCUGAAGAAGCUUAUCGUUGCUUUCAUAAAGUAGACCAAAAAGACCUCAUCUCUUGGACAUCAAUUAUUGCAGUUCACUCUAAAUUUGGGUUAAUGAGCAAAUGUCUACAUUUAUUUUGGGAGAUGCAGGCCGGUGAAAUAAUCCCAGAUGAAAUUGUGAUCAGUUGUAUGCUUAUGGGAUUUGGUAAUUCUGAUAGAAUCUUUGAAGGAAAAGCCUUCCAUGCUUGGAUUUUGAAACAGUGUUGUGCAAUGAGUGGAAUAACCCAAAAUGCAUUACUCUCCAUGUAUUGUAAGUUUGGACUCUUAGGUACGGCAAAUAAGAUCUUCCAUAGUUUUCAUAAAAGCAGUGAAGAUUGGAAUACAAUGAUAUUAGGAUAUAGCAAUAUGGGGCAGAGUGAAAAGUGCAUUGACCUUUUAAGGGAGAUGCAUGUCUUAGGCAGAGAACCUGAUUUUAAUAGUUUAGUUUCAGUCAUUUCUUCAUGUUUGCAAGUUGGAGCUAUCAAUAUUGGUCGGUCCGUUCACUGCUAUGCUAUUAAAAACUCAAUAAUUGAAAAUGUAUCAAUAGCUAACUCGCUCAUGGACAUGUACGGAAAAAGUGGCAAUUUAACUGCCACAUGGAGGAUAUUUCAUAGGACACAACAAAGGGAUAUUAUCUCAUGGAAUACGUUGAUUUCGUCCUACAAGCAAAGUGGGAAUCUUGCUGAAGCAAUUAUUUUAUUUGAUAAAAUGGUUAAAGAAAAGGUCUACCCCAAUGAAGUUACUUGUGUAAUAGUUCUUUCGGCAUGUGCUCAUUUUGCAUCCUUAGAUAAAGGCAAAAAGAUCCACCAGUAUAUAAAGGAAAAUGGAUUUGAGACCAAUAUCACUGUUAGAACUGCAUUGAUUGAUAUGUAUGCAAAAUGUGGGGAGCUCGAGACAUCAAGAAAAUUGUUCAAUGCAAUGGAAGAAAGAGAUGCUAUUUUGUGGAAUGUCAUGAUAUCAAAUUAUGGGAUGCAUGGACGUGUAGAAUCUGCAAUGGAGAUCUUCCAACUAAUGGAAGAGUCAAAUAUUAAACCGAAUGCACAAACCUUUCUUUCUCUUCUCUCAGCUUGUAAUCAUACAGGGCAUGUUGUUGAAGGAAGGCAUCUCUUUGAUAGAAUGCAGAAAUAUGGUGUCAAGCCUAGUCUGAAGCACUAUGCUUCUAUGGUUGAUCUUCUUGGCAGAUCGGGUAGUCUUGAAGCAGCUGAAGCUUUGGUUUUAUCAAUGCCCAUCACUCCUGAUGGCACUGUUUGGGGCUCCUUGUUAAGUGCAUGUAAAAUUCACAAUGAAUUUGAAAUGGGGGUAAGGAUUGCCAGAUAUGCAAUAGAGUCUGAUCCAAAAAAUGAUGGGUAUUAUAUAAUAUUGUCUGACCUGUAUGGUUGCUUGGGAAGGUGGGAGGAGGUGGAAAAAGUGCGUGAUAUGAUGAAGAAAAGAGGGGUGGAGAAGAGAGCUGGCUGGAGUGCCCUAUGAAUGAAGUAGUGGCUUUCAGUAUUGCUUGAAAACAUUUCAUACCUUGAAUUAUACAACUUCAUAGAAAUCUCAAGAAUUAUUUCAAGGGCAAAAUAUGACGAUCAAAAUGAGAAAGAGUUGGAUCCACACUCGUCUGGAACUCUUUGCCUUCGAUAAUGUUUCCUCAUACACUGAAAAAAUAGUUGGCUUUCAGUUGGAAGAAUUUAACAGGGAACUAACCAAAAAGUAGGUUCCCUUUGCAUGUAGCUGGUAACAUCGUUUGGAACUCAAUUCAAGCAUUCACAAGAAACCAUGUGGCUAUUAGAAGUGGAAAGAGAUGUGAUGCAGAUUCCUAUGUGAACUGAAUCAGUCUGCCACUCAGAUGGUUAAGAAAAGGAACCGAGCAUAUGGAUGGAAAUUGAAGACUUGAAAGUAUUAAUCAAGAAGAGAGGGCUUAAAGACUCAAUUUUGGGUCCUAAGUAUGAAAAGAUAAAGAGUAGGAGUCAAAGAGCCAGAAAAGAAAGCUUUGCUUGAAAGAGCAUUGCUCGGUGCUCUAAACUUAAAACCAAACAGGGGGGAAAGCGUUGCAUGGCUAGCAGAGAGCAUAUCACAACGCUUCGGAAGAUGAAAGGAUGCCAUUGUCACUUGACGCUACAGAGCAUUGGGUAGCAUCGCAACGCUACUUAUAGUGUGGCCAUGCUAUUGCAAUGUGUAGCUAUUUAAUUUUCGUUUGUUCAGGUUUUUGGAGGUCAUUCAGCUGGGGUUUUAGAGUUCAAGAGAGAGGAGACUAUUUCUCAGAGAGAUGGAAGCUGGGGAUCGUGAUGGAGGACAAAGGGUUUGAGGACGAAAGUCAAGAGCUAGAGAAGCGAUUGACGGAUGUGUGGUUGAUACCUUCUUUAAGCGCAAGUAUACAAUGAUGUCAAGUAAUAUAAAACAGAAGGGAAUGGUUCACAAGGUUUCCAUAACGACUUGAAUGCAAAUGGUGAUUAGACAGAUGACUGAGAGGUUAUCGAUAAAAAUGUUGGAUUAAUUGAACAGAUCGAGUAAGUUCAAAUUGAUGUAACAUGAAACCUACUAGUCCGAAAGCAUUGUGGAGAGCAACGAAAGUUCAUAGAGACCACCUAAUUGAUACUAACGAGUAAAUCUUCUUGUGUUUCAGGAUCCCUAUUUGCUUUGUUAGAAUAAAAAGAAACUUGUAUGAAAUGAAAGACUUUCAAGGGGUAAAUAAGGGCUUCCUUGUAGUUGAGACCAUAUGUUUCAGUCAAGUCUUUAGUUACUGGCUGUUCCGAUUUGUUGUGUGUAAAAACAAUAAAGAAAAGUGAAAUGAGAAAUUAAAUGAUGAGAAGGGGAUUCAAAAUAA